AUGGAGAAGGCAGGCUUAGGAGAGUUUAAUGCGGAGGUUGUGGAGAGUUGCCUUGUGCAACCAUGCCUGCCUUCGCCCAGAGGCACUCUCUAUCUCUCCAACCUUGAUAACCAGCCAGCUGCGAGAAUGGCCUUCAAUACUUUGCUUGUGUAUAAGGCUUCUGAGAAUGUUUUACCAGAUCCUGCCAAAACAAUCCGAGAAGCUCUGUCAAAGGUGUUGGUGUAUUAUUAUCCUGUGGCUGGGAGAUUGAGAAAGAAAGAAGAUGGGAAGCUUCAAGUGGAGUGCACAGGAGAAGGUGUUCUCUUUGUUGAAGCCAUGGUAGACAAGAGCCUGUCAGUCCUUGGAGAUUUGGAUCAGCUCAAGCCAUCAUUUAAGCAGCUGCUUUUUAGGUUUCCUUCCAAUACAGCUAUUGAGGACGUUCAUCCCAUGGUUAUUCAGGUGAACCAUUUUGCAUGUGGAGGUUUUGUUGUAGCACUGAAUUUUCACCAUUGUAUAUUUGAUGGACGAGGGGUAGGACAAUUUCUCAACGGUCUUGGAGAGAUGGUUAGAGGACAUGUUAAGCUAUCUAUUGAACCAAUAUGGGAUAGAGAGCUUCUUAAACCAAGGAACAUGCUAGUUCAUGAGUUAGAAUUCAUUGAAGAAAAGAAACAGAGUACAUCUCACUUAGAGAUACCUCCAAUAUAUAAAGAAUCAGUUCAAAUGUCUCUUACCUUAGAUUUUGAGACAAUUAAAUAUGUGAAAGAUGGAAUUAUGCCAGAAUCUAUUGAUAUUUGUACUACAUUUGAGAUUUUUGCAGCUUUGGUUUGGCGAGCAAGGACCAAGGCACUUGAAAUUCCACAUACUCAAAGUGUUAGUAUUUCCUUUGUAGUAGACGUAAGUAGAUCAUUUAAUCCCCCACUACCAAAUGGAUACUAUGGAAAUAGUAUUGUUGGUGCUUUCGCAGAAGCUAUUGUGCAUGAUGUCAUAAACAAACCACUUUCAUAUCUAGUGAAUAUUAUAAAGAAAACAAAAAUGUCACUAACUAAUAGGUAUCUUCGAUCAAUAAUUGAUACAGAACAAUUUCCAGCAAAUGUUCAUAGCAACCAAGCUAAUAUAAUUUUAAGUGAUUGGAGGUGGUUGGGAUUCAAUGAAGUUGACUUUGGAUCAGGAACUCCAGUGAACAUAUGUCCUAUGUUCUGGAAUGAGAAUGGAUUCAACUUGUCAAAUGUUUUUCUCUUUCUCCAUUCUCCUAAGAGGACGAAUGAUGGAUUUAAGGUGAUAACGUGGAUGCCUCCACAAGAAUUCAAUUUAUUUGAAAUUGAAAUAGAAGCCAUCACCAACAAAUAUGCUAUGAACAGUUAG